CUCGCCUCGAAGUGACGUGAUCGCACACGCGUGUAUUUUGAUUUUUGAUUACAUUUUACUUGUUCCCCUUUGGGAAAGUAACGAUGCCGCGACCUUCGCGCGACUCUUAUGGCGACCAAAAACCACCAUAUUCGUACAUAUCCCUGACGGCGAUGGCUAUUUGGAGCUCGCCGGAGCGCAUGUUGCCGCUGUCGGAGAUCUACCGGUUCAUCACGGACAGGUUUCCGUACUACCGGCGCAACACGCAGCGUUGGCAGAACUCGCUGCGGCACAACCUCUCUUUCAACGAUUGCUUCGUGAAGGUGCCGCGCCGCCCCGACCGGCCCGGUAAAGGCGCCUACUGGACGUUGCAUCCGCAGGCUUUCGACAUGUUCGAAAAUGGCUCCUUGUUGCGCCGACGGAAACGUUUCAAGCUGCAGAAAGGAGAGAAGGACAACUUGAAUGCAGAAUUAGCAGCGUUGGCCAGCUUUAACAGAGCAUUUUUAGCACGACAAGCCAGCGCACCGGUUCCGCCGCCAGCGAUGCCUACUGCCAGUUUGUAUACACCGCCACUAUGUCCACAAUUGAGCCCUGAACCUGCUGAGCUGCCAGAAGUAGCAACAGUGACGAUACUGCAACGUGAGAGACCCCGAAGAGCGUUCACAAUCGAUGCGUUGCUGGAGCCGGACUCGCCGCGGCUAUCCCCGUCGCCGCCGCAGCCGGUGUUGGGUAUGCCGGCGCUGCCGCGGCUGGAGUUGUCGAUGCCGCCGCCGUACGUACUGGCGGCACAAAGGUACCACGCCGAGCUGCUGCAAGCUGCCGCGCACGCGCUGCGUCCUUGCUACCUGCCGCCGCCGCCGCUGCCUGUCGCGUGACAUCAGCAAGCUCUAGCGAGCUGCUCUCACAUUAUGUGCAAUGUUAGAUUGUAAGUACUCAACUAAUUACAUGUGUUAGUAAAGUGAUAAACAUUUCUGAUCGGACAAAGUGUACCGAACAAUAUCUUGACGAUUAAGGUACAGUUCCCGUGAUGAUUCGUACAAACGAACUUACAGUUAGUAACACAGAAUGUCUCGCAUAGGGUAGACGAUAUAGUUUUGUCCCGCAUUUAAUACGUUUGUUUUGUACAUGUUAAUUUGUGUAGCGACACCGAGGCCUAAAUGGCCGGCGUGCCGUUCGACAUUCCGUUAAUGAUUCACUUCUUUCGUGGAAGCGUCAUUAUGAUUUUUGGUGAUCUCACUUUAUAGGUUUUUUGUACAUAUGCAUUAAAUUAGUUAAUAUAUUUAAUUAGAUUCUAAAAUAUGUUAAACAUUAGAAAAUAUACGUAGUUUCGCUCUGUGUAUACAACGAAAAAUCUAUUAUCUAAGUACGUAAUUUGUAUAGGAAAAUUACUAAAAAGUGAUGGUAUUUACGUGUGAGAAACAGUACUGUUCCUUCUGUUUCUUAAGGAGGAAUCCAGUAGGGAAUCUGGACUCUGUUGAUUAUGUUCUAUGUUUGUAAAUAUAUUUUCUCUAAACAAUAUUUGGAAUGUUAGAAAAGCUCUUGUUGUCUAAUGUUUAUUGUGGACUGUUAUUUAUUUUCAAGUUGAUGAAGUAUUCACUUUCAUGUUCAUUUUUGUACUUAUGUCUUUGUAAAUGUUGUUAUGACUUUUGAGUAGGAAAAUUAAAUGGUAUCGAACUAAA